AUGGCAAGAGCAUGCGAAGACAGGCUCCAAUGUAAGCACUGUCCAAUGAGAUUUGGCAGUUACAAGUCCACCCGACAGCACGAGCGGAGGGCACACCCGGUGGAAUACGCCGGUGAGAUCGAGAAGAUGCGCGGUCCUCUGCCAGAACCAGAGAUCUUGCAGAUCAUGGCGAGGAUCGAAGCCCGUGAACCAGCCGGGCGAGUUAAUAAGUGCAUGGCUGAAGCCACAGAUCUCACCGUUGACCAGGUGCGGUUCAGGAGGAGGAAGCCCGAGUAUCAGAGAUAUCUCGAGCUCGCCCGGAAGCAAUUCCGGGCCUCUGGUACUCGGAUUUUACCAGCAAAAUCUUCUUCCCCCGCCGCAUCUACUAGCGGAUCCUCCGUGGUGUGCCAGACGCCCGUGCCCGAGGGAAAGGACAAACUUAAACAACCAGCCUCCUGCGAAAACGAGCCUCUUUCGCAGGACAUGGAGUCUCCUCUGCUUCAGAAGGUAUCAGCAAGGCAGAAGCGGAUGAGGGAGAGUUGCUCACCGCACGACCUCAACCCCGCCAAGAGGAAGACGGCUGGAGUAGGGACAGAUGUAGGCAGGAAUACGAGCUCUAUUAUACUAGCUCUAAGGCCACCGGUUCCAACGGUGCGCCAAAAAAUGCCCGAGAUGGCAAGAGGAAGAGGAGAGAGAGCGACUCUCCAAUUCAAUCGAAAAUCGUUCAACCCAGAACUGUGGUCGCCAGUCCUAGCGACCAACUUGGCAUGGAACCUGCGCGUUCUAAAGUACCCGUAUCGCUGCGUGAGAACGCAGCUCACCAUUCCGGGUCUGGUAACCUCUCCGGUCGUAAUACGACCGCGGCUCCCCAUGCUCCUGAGGCAGAGCUGCCUCCGUUCCGCUGAGAGAUCUCGCACCAAAGGUGAACAUAAACUCUACUUUUGUAGAGUACCUGCGAGAUGCUCGAAGCGGAUUCAAUCUUCCUGA